AUGACCAAGACAAGUAAGUUCACACCUUGGGACGAAGACACUGGAGACACUACUACAACUGCCAACAACACUUCCUAUAUCUUAUCCAAAAAACCCUUGGGAGAUGGAUCAUAUUCUGUAGUAUUUGAAUGCAAAAACACAUCGACUGGAAGACACUAUGCGGCAAAGAAGUACAACAAAAGGUUGAUGUAUGGGUUUGAAAAUAUGCUUAAAAAUGAAUUUAAAGUCUUGAAUCGAAUUUCCUUAUCCCAUAGCCACCUUUUGUCGCUCAUAGAUUAUUUUGAAACUGAGGAAAGUUUCUAUUUAGUUACAGAUCUUGCUCGCGGCGGAGAUUUGUGGAACAAGAUUGCUGACGAAGGGAAAUUAAAUGAGCAAACUACUCGCACGAUAACAAAACAAUUGGUGGAAUCUGUCGAUUUCCUUCACAAGCAUCAAAUACUUCAUCACGACAUCAAAGCAGAAAAUGUAUUUUUCCAAAGUAAACACCAGGACAGUAUCUUAUUAGGGGAUUUUGGUCUUGCCAAAAUUUUACAACCACAGGAAAAAUUUCAUGAAAUUUCAGGGACUUUAAGUUAUAUGGCCCCAGAAAUGUUAGACCGCAAAAUUGGAUACGACUUCCCUGUAGAUGUUUGGGCAAUAGGUGUGUGUGUUUAUUUUAUGCUAUGUGGAUACAUGCCAUUUGACUGUGAUGAUGAUGAUGAAACAAAAGAUGCUAUUCGCAAUUGCAAAUACUUAUUUGAGCCUAGUGAGUAUUGGGUUGAUAUUUCCUCAGAAGCCAAAGAUUUUAUAUUGGCAUGCUUACGGGUUGAUCCACAAAAGAGAUUUACUCCAAGUCAGUUGCUUCAACAUUCUUUUUUGAAAACCAACUUGGCCAAGCCAACAAUCACGAUUCUGCUGCCUCUCAAAAGAUCAUUUUCAAAUUUGUCAGCAUUGCAAAGAGACCAAAUAAAAAAUAUACUACAAAAGGCGGGAGGUUUGUCAGCACCAGCUUUGUCGCAUUCGAGUUCGAUAAAUGAGAGACUAGAACGCGGGCGUUUUGAUUCCUUAAAUAAGGAUGCUACAUUACACGGAGCCAUAUGCCCAUCACCCGAAUGUGUUUCGAUAUUUUCAUCGCCAGCAAACUCUACGUCAGUUUCUAGAGAUGGGUCUGCCAUUAAUAUGUUUGAAGAGCUGUUAAAAUGGGAUGGCAGUCAAAAGAAAGCAUUACCAUUGAAUACCUUGAGGCACGAGGCAAGUUUUGUAUUAUGA